UGUGUGUGUGUGUGUGUGUGUGUGUGUGAUUUGAAAAUCUGAAAAUCGUUGUUGUCCAUUUGCAUUGAAAUUGGUCUUUGGCUCCCCCACAGGUGGAAAUAACUUAUACAUACAGCUAAUAUAUAAACACAGAACAAAUAUACAUAUAAAUUCAGUUCUAAAUUCAGCGAUUGUUCAAAAAACAGUUGACAAAGGGAUAAAUGAUCUCUUUACAAUAUUUUUGGUUGCUGUGGAUACCCUAUAGCGCCUUCCCGAAGGCAAUUUUUCGAAUUCGUAACAAAGCGGAUGUGAAGGAUGAUUUGAGAUCACGUAAUGUUGUACCUCAGGACACUCAACAAGAUCAGUAUAUUAUAUACCAUUUCAAGAACAUCUUCAGAGAUGUUUAGAAGACAGAUUUCUUCUAAACAUAACUCUCUGUUAAAAGUCUUUGAUCCAGACCAAAAGGCUGCCAUUUUUAUCCAUGUCCAUUUUAUCCAUUAUCCAUGUUAGCAUGACGCUGUAAUAAAACAUGGGUCUUAAUAAACUCAGUAAAUAAAACUAGGCAGGAGGUGCUUGGUGGAGGUGCUUGGUGGAGGUGCUUGGUGGAGGUGCUUGGUGACCAUUCACUCAUGUUGAAGUUGCCUCCUCAGUACCCCUUUGUUCUCUAAAGGCAAACUGAUGUCUGUCUAGCGGUCCUCGAGGGAGUGGGAGAUGUUUAAGUAUUACCCUUUCCACACAUUUACCCAGAAUGCAAGAGACAAUUGGCCUGAUUUUAGGUUUAGUUUAGUGUUGAUGAUCCAGUAUUUUUUGCUACUGGUAUUAUUAUAGCUCACUUCCUUGAAUAGAGCACAACAUUUCUAUUCAGUACAUAUUGAAACAGUCUUCUCAGAAAAAUCUUCACCUGGUGCAUACAGAUGUUAAGGACCGUUCUUCUCACUAGACCUGAUCUUCGCAAGACCUUGGCUGCAUCCUGGCUCUCUGUCAGAGUUAUAGGGUCCCGAUACUUAUAUAAACAUUAUUCAUGGACACAUUAUGGUCAUUUGUGUGAAAUCUACUAUAAAACUGGUUCAGUUCUGUUGCAGAGAGGAUUCUGUUAAACUGUUGUUUAUUCACAUCUCUGUCCAUCAUAAUAUUGAAGCUAUUCCAGAUGUUCUUUACAGGUGUGUGUGUGUGUGAUGACUAAAGACAUGCACGAUGCUAAUCUAGAGAGACCGGUGUGUGUGUGUGUGUGUGUGUGUGUGUGUGUGUGUGUGUUAGGGAAGGAGAUGGUGGAUUAUAUCUGUCAGUACCUGACGGAGAUCAGACAGAGGCGUGUCCUCCCGGAUGUUCAACCCGGCUUCAUGAAGUCUCAGCUUCCUGAUAAAGCUCCUCAUGAGCCGGAGCCAUGGGACGCCAUCAUGCAGGAUGUGGAGAACAUCAUCAUGCCCGGGGUUGUUCACUGGCAGAGUCCCCACAUGCAUGCAUAUUUUCCUGCUCUGACCUCAUGGCCAUCACUGCUGGGAGACAUGCUGGCCGACGCCAUCAACUGCCUCGGCUUCACCUGGGCAUCGAGUCCUGCUUGUACAGAGUUGGAGAUGUGUGUGAUGGACUGGCUGUGUAAAGCACUGGGGUUGCCAGAUCAUUUCCUGCACCAUCAUCCAGAGAGCCGUGGAGGGGGAAUACUGCAGAGUACAGUGAGUGAGUGCACACUGGUUGCCCUGCUCGCUUCCCGUAAAGACAAAAUCCUGCAGAUGAAGAGCAGAAACUCGCCCACAGACACACACACCGACACACACACCGAUGCCUUCAUUGACACACACACCGACACGGACGAGUCCACGCUGAACUCCACACUCAUCGCCUACGCCUCAGACCAGGCUCACUCCUCAGUGGAGAAGGCCGGGUUGAUCUCUCUGGUGAAGAUCAGGUUUCUGGAGACGGAUGAAAAGUUUUCGCUGCGUGGAGAAACCCUGCAGAGAGCCAUUCAAGAGGACAGGAGGCGGGGCUUAGUGCCUGUCAUGCUGUGUGCUACACUAGGUUCUACAGGUGUGUGUUCCUUUGACUGUCUGGAGGAGCUAGGACCCAUCUGUGCUCGUGAAGGUCUGUGGCUCCAUGUUGAUGCAGCGUACGCAGGCUCCGCCUUCCUCUGUCCUGAAUUACGCAACUUCCUGUCUGGGACGGAAUACGCAGACUCGUUCGUCUUCAACCCGUCUAAAUGGAUGAUGGUGCACUUCGACUGCACAGCGUUCUGGGUGAAAGAUAAGCUUAAACUCCAGCAGACGUUCAGUGUUGAUCCUCUUUACCUGAGACAUGACAACUCCGGAGCUACAGACUUUAUGCACUGGCAGAUUCCUCUGAGUCGUCGUUUCCGCUCAUUAAAGUUGUGGUUUGUUCUUCGCUCCUUUGGCCUGAAGAACCUUCAGGCUCACAUUCGACACGGGAUCGAAAUGGCCAAACUGUUCGAGUCUCUGGUGAGGAGCGACUCAAACUUCCACAUUCCAGCAGAGAGACACCUGGGACUGGUCGUGUUUAGUAUGACUGGAGGAAAUGCUCUUACGCAGGAGCUCUUACGCAGAAUAACGCACUCCGGCAGCAUGUUUCUGAUUCCGGCUGCCGUCGGCUCCAAACUGAUCAUCCGCUUUACUGUGACGUCACAGUUCACACGCCCUGAAGACAUCCACCGUGACUGGAGCAUCAUCCAGCGCACGGCCAAUGAGAUCCUGCAGCCAGGUCGCUGGCCCCGCCCCCACGCGCUCUCACUGGACGGCGAGACCGAAGAAGAAACUCUAUGGCAGGAACAGGAAGUGGAGACGCAGCAUGAGCCGUCCAUGAUCGACAAGCAUCUGGUACGUCAGAAUCAGAGGCGUGCCAUUCGCUCGAUGAGCUGCAGUGCAGAGCUCCCGCCAACCAGGCCUGACCACGCCCACACUCUGAAGGAGGCCCCGCCCCUCGGAGUGUUGGCAAAGAUUCCAGAGAGCCCUGAGGGGCGGAGAACGGCGCAGAAGCGUCUGAUGAAGUUCCACAGUGUGCCGAGUAUACCGCAGGUUUGGGCUCAGUGCGCCAUUCAGCAGCUUUACUGGCCUUUCAGCAAGGCUAACUGCUUCAACUGCUUCACACACUCACACUCACACACACACUCGCACACACACUCACACACACACUCUCCCGGCCCACUGCCCACCAAAUAACACACACUCACACUCCACUCACACACACACACUCACCCAGCCCACUGCCCACCAAAUAACACACACACAUUCACACUCCCUCACACUCACACUCACACACACACUCACACACACACUCGCACACACACUCACCCAGCCCACUGCCCACCAAAUAACACCCACACACACCUUUUUCCUAAUUA